GCUGUGUUGCUGAUGUGGCCGGAGGAGGAGUCGCCUGCCACCGAGAGGCACGGGAGGAAAUCAGAGUCUACGGAGAGCCGUGUGAGAGGAAAGGCGGAGGGCCGUGCACGGUGAGCCGGGGGAAGGCCGGAUUCUGCUCGGAAUGUUCAGUCGUCUGUCUGGCCUUGCUAACACAGUCCUACAUGAACUGUCUGGAGAUGGUGAGGGAUCGGACAUUGUACAAGUGUCUGACCCAGUGGCAGAAUCUGGUACAGUGGAGAAAAUGUCAGAGGACCAGAUGGAAACCAUGGCUCACUAUGAGCAAUUGGUGAUUCAGCUGAAGGAACUCAUCCAGCAAAAGGAUGCAGAGAUCCAGCAAAAGGACACUGAGCUUCAGCAGAAGGAAACGCAGCUUAAGUUGGAAAAGGAAGCUUCUGGUGCAAAAAUCACCAAAUUAAAACUUCAAGCAAAAGCCAAACUGACCACACUAAACAAACAGAUAGAGGAGCUCAAGAAAACUGCAACUAACCAGGUAAAUCCAGAUGGAAAUCAAAAUGCUCAUACUACAGGACAAACAUCGCAAAAUGUGCAGAACAAUGAGGAAAAUACUUCAAAACUACACGAAAACAUUAGUGAGCUGACAAGAGAACUUCAUGACAGUCAAAAGAACAUUACUGAGCUGACAAGACAGCUUUCUGAGAGCCAAGAGACAAUAGUCACUCUCACCCAUCAGUUUCAGGACAGUCAAGAAAUUGUUAAUGACCUCAGAAGAGCACUUAAUGAAAGUGGGGAUGCUGCUAGAGAGCUGCACAAAAAACAGGAAAAAGAGAAUCAACAUCUACAGAGAAAACUUGAAGAACAGAGCGAGGCCCUUGGCUCCCGCACUCAGGUGGUGCAGAUGUUGGAGCAGGAGUUGCAAAAUGCUGAACUUCAAAAACAGGUUCUCUCUGAGCAAUAUCGGGAAAUGGAACGAGAAUUGCUGUCUCAAAAAGAACGUGUUCAGGAAAUCAUGCUGUACAAAGAAAUGCUUGAAGACAAAGAUAAGGCAUACCAAAUGUUACAAGAAGAGCUGGAUAAAGAAAGAAGUGUCAACAGCCAGUUAGAGUCUCUAAGAACAGAGGUUGAAAGAGGAAUACAGGCACAAGAUGAACUAGAGCAGGCCAAACAAGCUUUGGAAAUGGAGAGGGAAGCCAGGAAACAAAUAGAAGAAGCAAGACAGCAGUUGGACAUGAAAGUACAGGAUGAUAUUGAAACAUUCAGAGCACAGCUGGAGAAAGACUUUCAGGAAAAACUAGAUACCUUGAGGGCAGAACUAGACAACGAGAAAAGAACUCUCAAGGAUUUAGAGGGGCUAAGGUCAGAGUUGGAAAUAGAGAAAGGGGCUCAAGAGCAGGAGUUGGAAAAGUUGAAAUCGGAACUGGCAAGGAGCAAAGAAGUCGAUGAAGAGGUGCAAAAACUCAAAGCAGAAUUGGAUGAAAGGAAAGAAUCUCAGGAACAAGUAAACGUUGAGUUGGAAAGGUUAAAAAGUGUUAAUGAGAUGCUAAUGGAGAAGGAGAAAUUUGGUCAGCAAGAUUCAGAAUUGGCCACCAAUGAAACAGAUGAUCUAAGUAUUCAGUUAGAAAAUGUAAAAAGUGAACUAACAAAGGGCAAAGAAAGCCAAGAAGAGCUGUCAAGACUAAAGGAAGAGCUAAAGAGAGUGAAGGAAUCACUGGCUGAUAUUGAUCAAGUGAAGGACGAACUAGAAAAGGGGCAGGAAACAUUACUCACGUUAGAUUUAAUGAAACAAGAAUUGCAAAAGUUAAGAGAAGCUGAAGUUCUGGUGGACACAUUGCAGCAAGAAAUAGACGAAGAAAAGCUUGAAAAGGUGAAAGACCAAUCGCAACAGGUUGGCGGAACAGACACUGUUAAUAACAGCACUGAAUUUAGUCAACACAAGGCACCUACUGAUGGAAAUGGAGAGGAAGAUGUAAACGAAAGGUUUGAAACUGAUGGACAGAAUGAUGGUGAUAGAGAUGAAGCAGUAAAUGUAAAAGAAGCAUUUGAAAGAGAGGGACACAAUGAUAUUGAUGGAGAGGAACCAGUAAAUGUGAAAGAAACGUUGGAAACAGAUGGAAUUAAUGAUGGUGAUAGAGGUGAAGCAGUAAAUGUAAAGGAAGUGUUUGAAACAUUUGGACACAAUGAUUUUGAUAAAGAUGAAUCCGUAAAUGUAACAGAAGUGCCUGAAACAGACGGACAAAACGAUGAACGUACUGAUGAAGAAUUACAUCAACUGUCAGAUACAAGUUCCAAAACACAGCUACAAGAAGAAUUUUCAGAUAUCCAUAUCCUGUUACCUGUGGAAGAUCACCUGAAAACUGUAAAUCUCCAGCCAGAGCAGAUGCUGCACUCAUCUGUAUUGGAAGUUCAGUCUCAUUCUGUAUCCCAGGAGGUAGUUGUUGAUGUUGUGAUGGAAGACAUAAAGGAAAAGCAGCUGUCCAUCCUUAUGUUGGACCUAGUAGAUACUCAGGAAGAAAUAAAUCAGUUAAAAGAACAACUGAAGGUGGAACAAGAGACAGAUCAUACUACGUUAACAGAGAAUUUAGAGGAAGGCCGCAAUUUGGAGGAAUGCAGAGAUUCUGACAUCCGAUCCCUGAAAGAGCAGGUGAAGGAACUAAUAUGCCAGUUGGAGGUUGUGACAUCUGAGAAGGAUGCUAUAACUUUAAAGCUUCAAACUGUCAUACAAGAGCAGAGACCAUCAGAAAGGCUUUCUCAGUAUGAGCUGGAACCUUCUGUUUUAGAAAAACAGGACGUGCCUGACUAUGAAAGUCAAAAUAUACUGGCAGAACAAGUAAAUAGUUUAGAAAAUGAAUCAAAGUCCAAAGAUGUAAAGGUUACUGCAUUACAAAAAGACCUGGAUAAUAUGAAUCUGCUGCUCUCUGAGCAGAAUUCUUUAUCAAGGAUACUGGAAAACCAGUUGGAAGAGAGGAAGAAAAGCAUUGAGAGCCUAAAUGAGCUGCUAAUUCUUAGCCAAAAUAAAGAAGAAAGACUGUGUGAGGCACUAGCAGCUAAUGAACGUGACAUAGUGUCUCUUCAAGAGCAACUUUCGCAAAAGUCUGCAGAGCUAGAAAUCCUACAACUUUCAUCAACGGAAAAGGAACAGCAGAUUGAGGAAGUCAGCCAUAGUUUUUCUGAUAAGAUGGUUCUUCUAAAUGAAGAAAAGUUUUCCAUGGUUCAAGAGAUAAAGUCCCUAAAAGAGCACCUGAGAUCAGUUGUCCAACAAAGUGGAAAAGGGGAAGAAUCACUGGAGACCCUAAAGAGAGACAACGCAGAGCUAAACCUUCAAAGAGAUAUACUUACUCAAGAGAAGUCUGGCCUUCAAGAGAUGAUGCAAUCUAUUCAGACAGAAUUUGAGGAGGUAAAAAGUAAACUGGAAAAUGUGUCCUCUAGUUACACGCACAGUCAAGAAAUUCUCAAGUCUGUUCAAGGUGAAAAAGAAGUGUUACACGUCCAAAUGGAAGACCAGAGAAGUGAAUUCCAGAAAAAACAGAAGGAACUUGAGGAACUGCAUAUCCAAGUUGAAAACCAAAGGCAAAAUUAUGAUCAGCAGUUGCAAUUCUUGACUGAAAAACACCAGAGUAGCCUGAAUGAUGUUAAUUGCUUGCAGAAAGAAAAAUGUGAAUUGGAACAACAGCUAAAAUAUUUUAAAUCGGAAGAUGAUUGUGAGGUAGGAUUAAAAGAGAAGGAGGAACUGCAUAUUCAAGUAGAGCAUCAGAAGAAAGAGAUCGAGCAGCUUAAAAGAAAGUUGCAGGCAGCACUAGUUAGCAGAAAGGAAUUGACUAAAAAAGUAUCAAAAUUGGAACAAGAUCUAGAAAAACAUAAAGCUGAAAAAGUUUUGGAUCCUGAAGAGAUGGUCUCUUUACAAAAUAGUAGCCUAAAAUCUGAAGAGGAAGUGGUAUGCAAACAAGACACAGAGGAGGAGCUUCUUAAACAAGUAGUCAGUCUUGAAUCUGAACUAGAACAUUUAAAGAAAGCGCUAUCUGAAAAAGGUUUGGCUAAUGAACAGCUUCAAAUUUUGAUUGACGAAUUAAGAGGUAAAUCCAAACAUGUUGAACAGGUAGAUAGAAUGGCAUCUGAAAAGCCAGAUAGUCCAUCCAAUCAAUUAAAUACAGAAGAGAAAGUCAAUAUGGUAUUACAGCUUGAAAAUAGAAUAACACAACUUGAGCAAGAAAAGGAAAACCUCCAAAAAAAAGUCCAAGAGGCUUUGAACUCUCGCAGGGACACCAUUAAAAAGGCACAAGAGAAAGAUCGGCACCACCGUGAACAGCUAAAACAACAGAAAGAAGAGUUUCAUCUCUUGCAAGAAAAUCUUGAAAAAAUACAGAGGAACCAAAAAUCAGAUUCAGAUUCUGCCAUGAUUCUUGAAGAACGAGCAAUGCAAACAGAAAUACCUUAUCCAGUAGACCAACUGUGUAGUGACUCUUCCCAUGGAGCAGAGGGCUUGAUGUCUGUGUGUGCCUCACAAGACAGUUCUGAAAAGUCUAACUGGAGAGAGGAAUGGGUAGACUUUUUACCAGGAAAGGUUGAAGACCUCUUAGUUCACAAAUCUCCUUCUACAGAUCUGACACUGGACAGCUAUAAAACACAGUUGGAUCUCUUUCAGUCUCAGAAAAAUGAAUUGGAGUUAAAAGCCUUGCAAUUGGAAGAGAAACUUGAUGAACGCUUUGAGGAGAUUUCAUAUCUACACGAUACCAUAGACCAUUUGACUACACAGCUACAACAAGAAAAAGACAAGUGUUUGGUUUUAGAAACACAAUCUUCUGUUUUUAAAACAGAGCUGGAAAAUAGCAAACAAGAAAUAUCUGAUCUACAGGAAUUAACAAUUGAGAAAAUAAAAGAUGAACUAACGCAUAAAAAAGAAGAGGUUGGACAACUUCACCAGGAGCUGGAAGAAAGCAAUAUAGCUCUUAAGAAUGCUAAUGACCUUGUUUCAGAAAAAGAUGAUACAAUUUUGUCUCUAAAAUCUCAGAUGGAGCUUCAAGCCAAAGAUCAUGAGGAACAUUGCAAAAAACUUGAAGUUAAAGUUCAAGAAGUACAACAAAAACAAGAAGAUGAAGUUGAAGGAGAAAAAGGAAAACAGCAACUUCAGCGAAAGCUUCAGGCUGCAUUGAUCUCCAGAAAAGAUGCACUGAAAGAAAGUAAGGCUUUGAAGUUAGAGUUGACGACUAUGAGAACUCAAAAGGAAGAUUUAGCGAAUAGACUACAAGUUGCAGAGGGAUCAGUAAGUGAACUGAACCUAGAAAAAGAAACUUUACUGAAUACGUUAUUUGCCCACAAAGAAGAACGAGGUAAACUGAUAAUGGAAAUAGAUAAAUGCUUAUUGGAAAAUCAAAACCUUGAAGCUUCCUGUGAAAGCCUGAAGUUGGCAUUAGUAGGAAUUACAAAAGACAAAGAAGACUUGAAUAAAGAGUUGGACACCUUGAAAAUGUCACAUGACUUAAAGGCAUCUGAAUGGCAAGACAAGCUGACUGACCUUCAAAAAGAGUAUGAGACAUUACUGCAGUCAUAUGAAAAUGUUAGUGAUGAAACUGAUCGAAUGAAGCGUGCAGUGGAAAUGGUGAAACAAGAGAAGCAAGAAUUAUUUACGAAGAUGAAACGUGUUGAGGUUGAAAAGAAAGAUGUAGAGAGCCAACUGGAAGAAUCACAACUGGAGAUAGAAAAUAUGAAGGAAAAGAUGAGAAAAUUUGCCAAAUCAAAACAGCAAAAAAUACUUGAACUUGAAGAAGAAAAUGAUAGAUUGAGAGUAGAAUUGCAGAAGGCAACAGAGGUGCAGAAAUCGAAUUAUUUACAAGAAAAUGUGGCGGUUAAAGAAGAGCUAACAAGGGUCCAAUCCGAAAACAAUGUCCUAAAAUCAGAACUGGAACUGGCUCAGUCUGAAAAGGAAAAUUUCACUAAGGAAACCGAAACGCUGAAGCUCCAACUGCACAGUGUUGAAUUAGAUUUGCAAAAAGUUCUAGAAGAGCGCAGCACUGAGAUACUAGAAAAGGAAGUUGUCAGCAAAACUAAAGCUAUUGAACUAAUGCAUUCAGUUCCUGAUGAUAAACUGGUUGUUGAUGAAAGAGUGGCUACUUUAGAUUUGCUUACAGAAAAUGAUGAAAAACAACAAGCAACCUUGAAGAAAAUGUCACAACUUGAAGAAGUUAUUGAAAAGUUAGAAACCCGUAUGAAGGCCAAAGAAAAUGAAAUUGAGAAAAUGAAUACAAUUAUAAAUGAAUUUCAGGAAGAAAAGCUAAGAUCAGACACUCUGUUAAGCGGAUCACAAGAUAUGAAUAAUAAAAUGGAGAAAGACUUUUCAGAUCUGAAAAAUAAAUAUCAAGUUGCUGUUAAUGACCUAGAUGAAGUUAAUAAGCAGAAGCAAGCCUUGGAAACUGAGAAGGAUGAGUUGGAAGAGAGGUUGAUGAAUCAAAUGGCUGAGCUCAACGGAAGCAUUGGAAACUUCCAGCAAGAUGCUGUGGACUUGCAGAUUAAAAAUGAAAGUUUGAAGCAAGAGUUGGAAAACCUUCAACUCCAACUAGAAGAGGAAAAAAGACAGAUGGAGAGACAGAAAGCUGAAGCCAUAUCUGAGGUUCAUAAAGAAUUUGUGGAAAAGUUAAAAUCGGUACAUCAAGGUGAAAAAGGCAAGAUGACCCAGUCAAAAGAGCUACAGGAAUUGCUCAAGGAAAAGCAGCAGGAAGUAAGACAACUACAAAAAGACUGCAUACAAUAUCAAGAAGCAAUCAGCCGGUUAGAAAGAACUUUUAAAGCCCUGGAAAUUGUGCACAGUGAGUGCGAGAACGAAAGGGUUGCCUUCAGCGAUAGAGUAGCAAAAGCUGUGGCAGACACAAAGAAGGCAGAGGCUGAGCAAACAUCGCUUCGUGUGUUACUUGAUGACACUCAGAGUGAAUCUGCAAGAAUUUUGGCUGAAAAUGUAAAGAUCAAGAAGGAAAUACGAAUAAUUACAGAGAACACUACACUUUUUUUUAAAAGAAAAGAAGAAGAUAUGGAAAAGAAACUUGAAGAGGAGAGGGUAAAACAUGUUAAAGAAAUGGCAAACUUGCAUGCGAAGAUAAGCUUGCUACAGCAAGACAAAGAACAGCUUGAAGGAUCCAUUAAGCGCCUACAGGGCCAUUUUGAAGAGAAGAACCAAGAAAUAAAAGCUAUGCAAGGAAAUCUGAAUCAAAACAUAGCAAAGCUUGCAGCGUUCACUCGUAGCAUGUGUUCUUUGCAAGAUGAUAGAGACCGUGUUAUAGAGGAUUCCAAAGUGUGGAAUGAGAAAUUUAAUGACGAAUUGCAGAAAAAGGAUGAUGAGAUACGUGAUAAAGAGAAACUAUGCAUGGAUCUUAAAAAUGAGCUUCUGCAGGUCACAUCUCAAAUUGAUGAACUCAAGGGUCACGUGAGCAGGCUACAGUUAGAAAAUGAAGAACUGGUCACGGCUGGGCAGACCGAGGUAGAGAGUCUUGUUGAAGCAAGAGAUUCUCUGCUGGAAGAAAAAUCGAUUCUUUCUUCCUGUCUGGAAGAAGAACAGAAGAUUCAUCAUGCCUGCCAGGAAGAGCUAAAAAUGCAAAGCCAGGAAGCAAAAGAUAGGCUAAACCAAUUGGAGAGUCUGAACAUAGAGGUGACACAGUUUCACAACGAAAAUAAGAAUUUGCUGGAAACCGUACAAAGGUUAGAGGCAGAAGUUCAAGACUUGAAGCUUCAAAAUGAGCAGACUCAAAGUGACCUGCAGGCUUCCAAAUCUUUAACAGAACAGCUGCAUGUAGAGCUGGAACAGAAAGAGCGAGAUGUUGUGCGGUUGCUAGGUGCUUGUGAUGAAGCAGUCAGUGUAGCUGUGGGAGAGGUAAAUGAACUGCAUGCAAUUCAGUGCAAAGCUUUAGAAGAGAGAUUAGAAGAAGCUGAAAAGGAUAGGAAACACAUGCAAGGAAAAUUAGAAGAACUGAAAACUCAACUAAAAGCCAACCAGGAAGAGUCUGACCGAAGUAAGGCGCAGUUACAGGCAUUCACUAAAUCUAUGUGCUCUUUACAGGAGGAGAGAGAACGGGUUUUGAGCGAUUAUCAGCAAUUGGAGCAAAGACAUCUUGAUGCAAUUCUUGCUAAAGAUGGCCUCAUUCAAGAGGCAGCAGCAGAAAGCAACAAGCUCCGCGAAGAGUUAAGAUACCUUCGAAGCCGCACUGAUGACCUAAAUGCACAGAAUGCUAAAUUAAAUGCUCAGCUAGCUCGCUACCGGGAAGACUUAAAAGAGGUGAUCUCACUGAAGGAUUCACAACUUAAGCAGUUAUUGGGGGAAAAAUUACAGGAGAUUGAAAAGUUGCGCCUUGAACAGAAUAACCAGGAGCUGCUGCUAAAUCAGGAAAAGGGACAGCGGGAUGCUCUGCAGCAGGAGUUAGAUGAAACAAAGAAGGAAAAACACAGAAGUCUAGAACAGGUUGAUAGUCUGACACGUGAUAUCUCACAGCUUAAAAACGAGAAUGAGGCACUUAGAAAUCAGCUUACACAGGAGGAACAUGAAGUGCAAAUCCUGAAGGAAGAGCUACUGCAAGUGAAAAAAGAAUUGGAAAGCAUCAAAGAAGAAGCUGUUUGCAUACAAGCAAAGGCUGAGGAGCGAGUGCGCCAUGCAGAGGAUGACUUGAAUAAGAAGCUCCAGAGCAUACAGCAUGAUACUGGCAUUAUGCGUAACGAGACCGAGACAGCAGAAGAACGAGUAGCAGAACUAGCAAGGGAUCUCAUGGAUGCAGAGCAGAGGCUGCUAGUUGCUUAUGAAGAAAAUGCUUCUCUUAAAGCUCAGAUACAAGCAUUUGGAGGAUCCAUGAGAUCUUUGCAAGACAGUCAUGAUAUUGCUCAAGAAGAAAUUAAGAGCUUGCAGGACCAAUUUAAAGAAUUUCUUAACCUGAAUGAAGAGCUUGGCUUAGUAAAAACAGAAAGGGAUAACCUUAAUUUCAUGCUAUCAGAAAGCAAAGAGGAACAACAACGGAUACAAAUUCAACUGAAAGAGCCUAUGUCCAGCUUGCAGGUGCGAGAGGAAGAAAUCCGUAGAGUGACCGCUGAUUUUCAGGGUUCACAAAUGCAGCUUCGCAAUAUGUCCAAAGCAAUGGGAAGUCUGCAGGAGGAUCGCGAUAGAUUGCAAAGUAGCUUGAAGACACCACCUAGGGAAAUGGAGAGGACUCUGCAGAGCUCAUACCAAAAAGACAACAAGACCUCCAGUGAUCAUUCCAACCGUUUACUAAUGGGAGACCUUCAGAGCACACAGGCAGAAAUGCAGAACCUACACACUGAACUCUGUGACGCACUCGGUCAAGUACACCAAAAAGAACUAAUGAUACAACAGCUCAAUGUUAAGCUUUCUCAGAUAUUCGAAGAGAAAAGUUCUUUAUCUCUCCAGCUGAAUGAUAACAACCAAAGUCUUAGAGAUGCUAUCAACCGGUGUUCAUCCCUUGAGCGACAGCUGCAUGAAAUGCAUCCCAAAAGUUCGGAUACUUUACUGAGUGAUUCGGCACCUGGAGCCCCACAAGAAAGGAAGGAACCCCAAACUGAAGCCGAUAGACAACUCGUGGAGCUUCAGCAAAGAUAUCUGGAACUGAAGCAACAGAGUAAUGAACAUGAACAUGUCAGGUCAGUCCUUGAGCAACAGCUGAGGGAGGAACGUCAAAGAGCAGAGGACAAGAUACAGGAAUUGGAAGAAAAUAUAAACAGGUUGGGUUCACAGGAUUGGUCAGUCCGUGAGGAACCUGUUGCACCACAUGAGCUGUCAUUGCUAAUGGAGCCACAUGAUGUACCAAAUGUUAAGGCAAGAAGCUCACCACUAAAAAGACUACUGCGGCUUGUGUUCUGCUCUCGCACCAAAACCCCCUUGCUGGCUUCUUUGUAUCUAUUACUUAUUCAUGCACUACUAUUCUUAUGCCUAACUGGGCAUCUGUAAGAAUAUAUGCUUUUACCACGAAAGUGAUGACAUUGGAGUUGAAGAGCACCAUUCCAGCCCUCAUGCUGAACAUAGUUGGGAAAUGAGUUGAAGCCAUGACUAGCACCAAGAGAUUACUAUUCUUAUCUUAGUUGUGUCUUCACGGAAAGUGUGGAACGGCAUCAUAUCUUGUACUCAGGACUCCAGCACUAUACAUUCUGAAGAUGAUGUCAGCAGCAUCACUGGAUGCAACACACCGCUUUCUAAAAGUCAGCAUGCCUUGAAAAGGUUUUCAACUUUUUUGACGGAUGGCAAGCAUAGACCUCUAACCCAGUUCACCUUUGUUGCCUUUUCCACAACUCUUAGGCUGGUUCAGUUCUCUCUGUGAUCUCAGAAAUAAUGUUUAUUCUAUAGAAAUUUUAUGUCCUCACUUUGAUUGUGCUAAAUUGGGAGGGAGAGGUUGUGUAAACCUGUAAAUAUUCUGUUUAAUAAGAAUGUUGCAUAUUUAUAUAUUACCAGUUACUGUUUUCUCUUUCUAAAAUAACCUUUGGAAAGAGUUUGUAUUUAUUAUUGCUAAUGCGCGGUAUUGCUUGUGUGCAUUUGUAAUAUUUCAUUCCUGUAUGUUUCCCUAAAAUUGCUAUUUGAUUUUUUUUUUUUUCCACUUGUGGGUUUUUUUCUUUUGCUUUUGUGUAAUUUGCACAGAAUUUUUUCAUAUCAUCAUGACUUUCUACAUCAGGAACUUACAGAACCAUGUAGAUGUGUAAUUGGCUAUUAUUGCCUUUUAGGGAGCCUAAAGCUGCCCUACCCUAUACAAGCGGAUUGUAAAAUCUCUGUGCAAAAACCAACUUUGAGAUAUGAGGACAAACCUAAGCAAUCCUUUCAAUUUGUAUGAAAUCAGGCAGCCCCUUGCACUGCAUAGUUGUAGUAGUGCAAUUCGAUUUGUAUAGUCGGCUUUAGCUCUAUGUACAUCCAGGCUUCAUUUUUUAAAUUGGGGAACUAAAGAAAUAUGGAACAGCCUCUGGAAUUUAUUUCCCCUAAUGACUCUAGAAAAUGAUCCAAAUAAAAACUCAUAACAACUAAGGCCUCCACUGGCGAAAGUGACUCAAGCCUAACUCCAUGUUUCAUUGAACUUUAAAUAGUUGUUUUCGAUCAAGCUGGUCCAAGACGUAAAGAGUGCCCCCUUGUCCUCAGUGUUGACCGUAAAGUGAAU